AUGUGCCCCUCUAAGUAGGGACUUUCCUUUUGUGCCAUUGGGCUUGCUCUCUGUCAGGUACAAUUCCCAUUAAUUUCAGCAAGUCGGUAGUGCUAGGGCUGGAUUUUCAAAGGCAGAAUUGACGACUUUUGGGAAACCCUAGUAGUACAAAGAAAACUAAUGCAGAGUCCUACUGGCCAAGCUUCCUCAUCUAAGCAACAGCUGCUAAGAGGGGCAUUAUUAAAAGACAUCAGACCUAAAGGUUCAUUCUCUGGGAUCUUUCACACAUAUGUGUGUGAGACUGUGUUAGAACGUAAAGAUCUCAGGAGUGUUAGAUGAAAAAUGUUAAAAAUAAUGGCAAGGGUGCAUCCCAAAGCUUCCUUUGGGAUAUUUCUGUGAGACUGAAAGUCUAUCUGCUUGUAGAUAUCCUUUGACCCUGUGUGUUCCCCUAUGCAAAUUAUUGUGACUUAUUAACCACCCAUGUAACCUUCCUGUUGUAUAGCUUUUCUGCUAGCUCUUUUUGAUGAUGGUUACACCCUGAAUCUGUCAGAUUUUCCCACUUGGUAGGUAAGUGAUUCAUUGAAUGGAUUUUUAGUGCUAUGAACUGGUAGAACAAUUACCUUUUCAACUGGAGGAGUUGUUUGUGUGUCUGCGAAGUGGGAGCAGGGCAUAUCUUUUUAAUCAACUUCCACUUCCUAUCCUUUUCACUUGAGGGCAAUUUGUCCAUGCAUAUUGAGCUUGUGGUGAAUCGAACCUCAAGCAUUGUCUGGCAUAUAUAAAAUGGCCAUCAUGGGUUAAACACCAGGCAGAGCUUUCACUAUUGCCUCAAGCACAGCAGAGUCUAUUAAGACAUGCUCAGCUUCAAGUUAUCCUGUGAUGUAUUUGACCCUUAUGUUUUUUGGAAAGCUAAGCAACUCCUGGGGAAUUUGCAGGUCUGCUAAUACCUACUUGUUAAUUAUCAUAUUUUCAUGUGCUUGGAUUUCACUAUGAUGAGAGACAAAGUUGUUAGAUGCCAGACCCUCUUUUAUGACUUGCCAGUUUGUUCUCUGUAACCUUGACUUUGCUGAUGAAGAGGUUAUGACUAAGUAACCACUGGGGAAUGGGGAACGAAAACCCUGGAGUGGGAACUGGAGAACAGUUUGAAAAAUUAAACUGAAGUAUUGACUCUACAGGAGGCAAAAUGUUGACAGACGAGAAUCAUGUCUAGCAUCUUUCAGUCUCAUUUCCAUAUUAAAAUUGUGUCUGAAUUACCUCUGGCAGGUAUGCAACUAUAAAGACCUAUUUAAAAAUAAAGUAGCUCUGCCAUCUGAAACUUGGAGGGUUUUAUUCAUUCAAAGCAAGACAGUCCUUAAAGUGCCUUUUUAGAAGAUGGUGCUGUAGAUUUUUCUUUCGUUCUGAAGUUGUAUAUUGUUGGGUGAUGGGGGGAUAGAAGCAUUUAGUGAAAACACGCCAAGUUCUUGAUGGUAUCACUUGUAGUGUUGAGUACUGUGUAGUACCCCACCCCAAAAUAAUCAGGACCAAGAUAAGAGUGGACCAUACUAUAUUUGGGGAAAAUAAUGGUACUGAUAACUUGAUUAAAAUCCACUGUGUGGAUCUAAGAUAAUUUAGGGUUUUUAGGGCAAGUAGCCUAGGACACUUGUAAGCACUAAAUGUUUAUUCAGAGGCCACAAACUAUGAAAUUGUGGUAAGCAGCAUGUGCCCCUGAAGCUAUAUGUGUAUCUUAAAAGUUGUUAAAAUUCUGAAAAUCCCAGCUUUAACUGUAAACCUUUUGUAAAAAGCAGGUCCCUAGUCCUCAUGGUUGCAAUGGCAAAUGUUGAUGACAAAAAUUUGCAGCAUGGCCUUUUGGUGCUGAGCAAGUCUGCUGCCCUGAAAUUUUAAAAAACCUGUUUUUUAAAAGAAAAGUGCUGUACAGCCAGUCUUGUCUUUAAGCUUUUUAUCAGUCAGGAAAAAACUAAUAAACACUGCACCUCUGUAGCAGCAAAAUGCUGUAAAAGUAAUAACAAAGUUGUAGUGAUUACACUGUAAAACUACUUGCACACACCUGCAAAAAAAUCCAGUUAUGGUCUUAAUGGUACCAAUAGAAUAUUUUUCAAGGAAGAUUUGUGUCCCUUUGUGGUUAGCUUAUUGGUCACCUCUGUAGUUUAUGUGCUAACAUCUCUUUUUCCUGACUAUUGGCUGCCGUUUUCAUGGAAGAGUUUAUCAGGCUUUGUCUUUACAAUAAUGUUCUUGCUAUAACUGCAAUCCAGGGUUUCGGGGGAACUGCCAGGGCAAAGGAUAAUCUCAUCCAAACCUACUUUCAUAUCCGUCUUCGGCAUCCUGGAACUCUCAGUGCAAUGCUGGAUUGUAGAGGAGGCCAGUUGUUCAUUAACAAUAGUCUAAUGCUUUGGCACAAAAAGGGGGGGGUGUUAUUUGGAUUGGGCAACAGCCUGUUUUCAUUUAUUAUGAUGCAGGCUAUCAGAAAGAGUAAGAGUUGUGGCCUGCACAUAUAUCCUGCCUACCUGAUGCUCACACCAUGCUUCUCCAUGUAACAUGCCCAUAAUGCUGACUGCGUAUACUUAAGAUGAAUGAUCCCUUCUCAACUACCCUCUCCAGAGGUGUAGAAGCUUUUGUGACUACAAGUGACGGCUGCCUUAAUUCACACGUGCACUGCCCAUUAAUCUUUGCAUAUAAGUUUAUAUAUUUCCCUUCUUGAAUAACCUUAUCCAAAGACAGUGUAUUAAAUUGUUCAGUAUGCACUGUGGCAUCUGUGCUAAUAUUAAUUUAACUAACUUUUUUUUAAUGAACUAUAUAACCUGAAAUCAGUUGCUCAGUUGUUUUUGACCCAGUAGCCAAUCCUAGCUGAUAGCUUAAUAGCACAUAUGGUAUGGUUCUAGAUUAAAUGUGCACAAGGGUUCUUGACUAUUAGUUAUUCCAAAAGGGUUGAGCAAAAUACUGAAUACACAGCAGUGGGAAAGUUAAGGGUGGACAUUGAAGUACAUACCUUUUUUUGUAAAUGAUAAGAAUAACUUGCUAUUAGAAUAGGCUGCCUCCAAAGACAUGGUGGUAUUGGCUUUAACUGUACUAGCUUUCUAGAUGCAACCCCAGUGGCAAAACUCUCUAAUUGCAACCCAGUCAACUUUUAAUCUAUUAAUUGUUCAAGUUCAGCCAAUUAAUCAAUUAAUUGAUCAGUUAAAUUUGCAUAUGAGUAAAACCAAUAUUUCUGAAGAAGCAUUUUUUUUUAGUUGAUGCACACACGUCAUAACAUGCAUAAUCUUAAAAUGCAUUAUUCCUGUGUGAAAAAGGAAAGUGAUUCUUUUCAGAUUAUGCUCACCCUUUGCAAUUUUUAUAAGCACUUUUAUUAAAAAAUUUAACGUAUAUAUACGUGUGUGUGUGUGUGUGUGUGUAUCUUCUGCCCAAGUAUCCUCGGGAACAUUUUCCAUUCCUUCUAUGAAUGUUCCAUAAGAGAAAAAAAUAGGUGAAUUGUCACAGGCUGCAAUCCUAUAUGUGCUUACCUGGGAGUAAACCCCAUUGCACUAUUUGGUGCUUACUUCUCAGUAGACAUGCAUUGGAUGGACUAUGCUGUGAAAGUAUAGAGGUGCCUCUGACUUUGCCAUGUUUGAAAACAGACUAGAUGUUGUCCCAUUUCAAGUGGUCUCCUUCAGAAUUUGUUUACAGAUACUUCCAGAACUUUUUCUAAUACUUUUAUUCUUUUAAAUGUUAAAUCAUAGAAAUAAUUUCAAAACCUAAUGCACUUUCAACUGUAGGGAAUGGGGGAGGGGGGAAUGGAGCAACCUCUGAACGCAAUACUUUUGUUGGGACUGACCCCAAAGUCUAAAAAAAGUGACACAUUUUUAUUUUAUUAUUAAUUAACACCUUAAUUAUUAAUAAUAAAUACCUUUAUUGAACUGUGGACUUCAGAGGGUUGUUGUUGCUGCUGCUGCUGCUGCUGCUGUUAUUUAGAUGGACCAACAUAGCUUCCUAUGCUUUUUAAAUUAGAGGAGUUGCUUCUUCCUGGUGACUUAUAUCUGAUUUUGCAGGCUCUCCUUUAGUAGGAAAUCUACUUUGUGUUUGGUUUAUUAUGCUUGCCUAGCGGGGGUGGGGGGGUGGGGAAGCAUAUGUGUGCCUCACUCUUAAGAUAGGGUCUCAGUCAUCCUCCAUCUAGAGCACUGAUCAGGUCCGCAGGUGCUUAACUUCAGUAGUAGCUGUACCAUUAGUUGUGUGGAGACCAUUUGCUAGGUCUGGCCUUAUUAGCUGUUGUAUGUCUUGUUCUCCCUUUCUUUUAAAAUUUAUUUGCAGCUUCAAGAGAGGAAAACAUUAAUCAUUUCCUACCCACUCCAAGCUCUCCAGAUAAGUGUGGCAUGCUUCUAUAAUCAGAGGUAACCAAAGUCAUGCCCUCAGGAUGUUUAAGUGCAAUAUCCAUCAUCCCUGACAGUUGCCAUGCUGACUGAGACUGAUAGGAGGCCACAUCUGGAGGGCACCAUGUUGGCUACCCCAUUUAUAGGUUCCUUUGUAAAAAUGUGUUCAUGUCUAUAUUAUAUACACAUAUAAACAUAUAUGUACACUCCAUAAACACGGUGCCCUCCCAUGUGCGUGUGCACAUCUCUGUGUCUUUUCCAAUGUGCAUUGAUUGCUGCAAUGCAAGUGCAAUGUUGAGGGGAGAGGCACAGGCUAGCUGGGCCAGUCAGAUGCAGCAGAUUUGAACAUGACCUGGUGCCGAAACCAUACAGCAGAGUUUUGCAGAGCUGGCUCUGAAGCCUGACAGAAAGGUUUGGCUCCUGACCUGGUACCUUUUCUUCUGUUACCAGAAGUGUGCUGGACUCAGAGGUGCUCUUUGGGAGCUGAACCCUACUUUCUCAAGAUAGCUUUCGGGACUAAAUCUUUUCAAAGUUUACUGCAAAACAUUAAAUAACUUUCCCAGUUUACUAGUACCCAGUCCACUAUUUGUUUCUCACAAGAGCCAAUCAAAAGCUAAUGGAGAGCAUUGUGCCAAUCCUUUACUUGGAACAAAUUAUGCUCUUAAGAAAAAGCUUAAAGCCCUCUUGGUCUCAGGCUGGGAGAAAAACCAGGUCUCAGACAGGAGAAAAACCAUAGAAUCCUCCCUAUGGUGACAAAAUCCUUGUCUUGCUUUCCAUUCUGUGCUUUGAACAGUGCACCUAUUUCUUGCUUCGUUCCUCCCUGCACUCCACAGCAUAUACUAGGAAGCACUUCAAACAAGCAAGAAACCGGUGCCUUUAUAACUGCAUUAUCCCUGAGCCGCUUCCCUGCUUAGAAUUCAGUGGCAUUGGACUUUGGUGUGAGGCGUUAAGUAAUUUAUCUCAGUUUACCAAUACCCAGUCCACAAGGUUGCUUUUUAAAAUAGCCGCCCAUUAAUUUUUUGGGUAUCUGUUUAAGUGACUUUAAGGUUACUGCUGUCCAUUACCUAAGAAUUCAUGUAGUCAGAGUAGUCACCUGAACUGAUCUAAUCAGCCUUCUCUCUUUCAUGUUGCUCAUUUUUACUGAUUCCUUUGUUUAUGGUGCCUUUGUGCUUGCUGUACACUCGGCUUGAUGGUAGUCUUUUUUUGAGGUGGAUUAUGAGGACUUGUAAGAAUGUUGUGUGGUGAAUAUAGUGGAGCAGGGUGAUGAAGGAGACCUGUUGUAGAGUCAGAAAACUUUGGUUGCAGGAAAGGAGCAGGGGCUGAGAAGAAUACAUGCAUAUUCCAUGGGUACACUGGGUCAUACUAGUGGAAUUGUCCAGAUGGAUUGUACAGCAAAAUGCAGGCACAGAAGACUUGUUUGGCAGGAGCAGAUUGAGGCCCAUCUAGUUUAGAUUCUACUUCCAUCAAAUGCCCCAGGGAAACUCACAAGCAGGACAUGAGUAUGACCUUCCUCUAUUAUAUCUCUAGCAUCCUGUUCCUCCAGACUUAAGCACUGAGGCCAAGAGGCUUGCUGAAUGUCAGGUUUGAGCAGGAGCAACAUAAAGAUUUUACUCACUGUAUUGGCUGUGUCUAGCCAUAUCUGUUUGUCUACAUUUAAGGAAUGAGCUUUUUGUUAAGAAAAGUUUCAAGCUGUACUUCUCUGAAAUGCAAGCAGCAGAAGGCAAGACUAUUCCACUUUUAAUCAUGAGCACUAUUGACAGUUACUCCUCCUCCCAGCAACAAUGUGUGUGUGUUUGAGGGGUGGGUGGGUUCAGACCUAUUCAAUAUCUCAUUUUAGGAGAAGCAAAUCUCCAGCUUUUUUGAUGGAACUUCUUGAAGCCUGUGAUAUGAUAGAUUUUUCAUUUUUCAAGUAGCAAAAAAGUCUCAUUAGAAAGGACUCUGAUGUAGCAUGGACAUUUCUCCAUGGAAUGUUCUCUGUAUUGGAGAAUGUUGUUUAUCAAAAUACAGUUUCAUAAAAUAAGCAACACAAUGAAUUAUUACAAUGCUAGUUUCAAAGUGUAAUUAAGUUUUUUUUUCAGAUGAUUAUCCCUAGGAACAUUAAUUGUGUUAAUGAUUUUUCCCUCCUGAUUAAAAUGGUUUAGUUUUAAUACUUUUGAAUAUUGGGAAAAUGUGUUUAUAGAAUACAUAAAAUUAAUGUGGCAUACUUUUGUGUACACAUGUCAGAUAUGCUAAAUUAGAUCACAAUUUAAGUCACUGAAACAAAAAUUGCAAAAAUGUUUUGAAUCAAAGUUUAUGAAGGAUCAUUGUUAAGGGAUUUCAUCACAUGCUAAAGUAGAAUAUUUCCAGUAAAAUGUUUUUCUAGCUUUGACUUUAGGGUCAAUUUUUCUGACUAUUGGCUCUGUUAGAGACUGUAUUUUGUUCUCAGCUCAGCUUUGACUUGAUCUAGGAGUUUGGACUCCAGGUUGGAUAUGGCUUGCUUGAGUAUGAAUUUAUUUGCACAUGUAGAAUCAUUAGGUUACCUGUGGGGAGUGGCCAUUGUGUUUUAAACAGCAAGCUGCCAUUUCACCAGACCUGAGUAGUAUGUAUUAGCAACCAUUCUCACAUGUCAGUUAUCCCCAAUACACAUUGAAAAUUAAAAUGGAUUCUGAAAUUAUGUUUUAUUGCACAGUCAUGUGGUCAGGCAAGUUUUCUGAGUUUCCCCCCGCACACCAUGUUAAAAAAUGACUUGUGGCCUGGAUGAUUGCUCUUCCAGUUUGUCCACACUUAGGGGCAGGGGUUGAUGUGGUUUCGGUUCUGCGGGCUUGGCACAGAUGGUCCAUGGUGACAGGAAGAAGACAUGUAGGUUGAUCACAGGGCUCUUUCAUGCAUGACUGCUAACUGGGUACCUUCUGUCUAAGAGAAUUGUAUGUAUGCGACAUGUGACAAGCACACGGAUGUCUAUUUGGCCACAUCCACACACAGUGAGAACCUGUUGCCAAUCACUGCAUCCUUUCCACAUGCAUCUGCACAUGGACCUAUGCAUGUUGGUCUCGUGUUACAGGGGACAGGUGGUAUAUGCAAGGUAUUCCUGUAUGGAAACUAUAUCCAUGAGAGAAAUGACCCUUCAAGCAGUUUCCUUAAUAAGGCAGACUUUAAACUGUGUAACAGUAUAGUAUUAACAUUGUGUGUUUGUGCAUGUGUGUAGUUAGGGGGACAAAUGUAAGCUCCAUCCUCAAGACAUUCCGUUCACUGUGGGUCCAUGAGGUGCUUAGGUCUGCACUGAGCAGUUGGUCCACUAUAAGAAAUACAUAGCAUGGCAGAUCAGAGGUGCCCUUUUGCCUUUGUGUGGGGCAUCGUGUUGGUGAUGUCAACACUAUUCUGUGUGCCAUUGCAGGGACACAUUUCUUAAGUACUGUAUCCCGCUGUAGGCCAGCUAUAGGUUCACAUUCUCCUAGGAACAUGUUGGUGCUGCACUUCAGCUUAAGGCCCUUGGUUGCAAAUUUCUGAUGACUUCUUGCUUUGUGGGGAACUGCCAUUUUGCUUUCUGAGAGAAGCAUAGGAUGUGUUUGAAAUCUCUGGGUGUUCUUGUAGGUUCUCUCCCCCCCCCCUUAACAAAAGUAUGCUGAAGUAAAGCAGGUUUGUUGCACCUGGACUAUUGUAGUUAGCCUUCCUGGGUGGACAGAUGGAUGGCAAGUGCAUUGGUAAAAGCCUUCACAAUUUUUACUUAUUAAACCACCUUGACCGUGUGUGCCUCUUUGUAUUGCAAAUGUGAGCUGCAACUAUUUGGGGAUAGGGUGGGAGGGUUGGUUUAUAUAAAAUAUAGAUAAAUAUAUAUAUAUAUAUAUAUAUACACAUAUAUAUAUAACAAAUCUGUAUUUCAGUAUGUUUUUAGAAACUUAACUCUUUAACUCAGAAGCGGCGUGUCCACUGCUCCCUUCACUCAUUACCCCCGCCAAGUUUACUGCCCUUGCCAAAACUUUAGCUAUCUUUGCAUUUUCUUCCAGUUUGGUUAAAUAUCAACCUGUCAUCUUCUACAGUUUUCAACUUUGUUACAUAUCCAUCAGCUUUGCGAGACUUGGGUUGGCUCUUAACACACUUUGUUGGAAGAGGAUGGUUCUUGUAAGCCUAUCUUAACUACUUAAGGACCAAGCGUUCUUGAAUUGGCACACAAGUCAGUCCUUGUUGCUUUUAGUGGCAUAAAUUUCUCCCGACCCUGCAACUGUCUUAACUUACAGGGUGGAGGUUAGUGACUGUCAGGGGCAGGAUGCCUCUGAAUACCCGCUGCUGUGAAUCACAAGUGCUGUUGCACUCUGGUCCUUCAUACAGGCUUCCCACAAGUAUCUGGUUGACCACUGUAAGAUGCUGGACAAGAUGGGCCUUGGGCGUGAUCCAGCAGGGGUCUUACGUUCUCAUAGGUCUCAAUCUUGUAAUGCCACAGAAGCAGAUAUUCUGAGGGACUUCCCAAACACAGUCUGCCAAACUUUUUGUCAGUGUGAUUGUGUGUGUGUGUGUUUUCUAAAUUUUCUCUGACAAUGUUUCCAGCCAAGGGAGAAGGAAAAAAAGGAGAAUGUUAUACAUAUACAUACAUAUAUAUAUAUAUAUAUAUAUAUAUAUAUAUAUAUAUAUAUAUAUAUAUACACACACACACACACACACACACACACACACACAAAACUUGGACUGAUAUUUGCAUAGAAAUAACAAUUUUUGCCAUAAAUAAAAUGGCCUUGGCACAUGGUUAGUGGCAUGCAUACCACUUAGGGUAUAAGCAGGAGGGAGUUUGUGGCAUACGUGGACAGCAAAACCAGGUUGGCUGAGAUAGUUGGACUUGCACUCCUUGCUGCCUCUCUAGCCAGCACUGUGAUGCUGUCUGCUCCUCUGUUGAAUAUUCUAGUCCAGCCUUCCCUAGCCUGGUGUCUUGCAGAUGUUUUGGAAUACGACUUCCAUCAGCCCCAGCCAUCCCCACUGUGCUGGCUGGAGCUGAUAGGAGUCAUAGUUCAAAAUAGCUGGUCUAGAGGCAAAACAACAUCCAGGCACUGUAGGGGGGUUGGGGGUGGGAGAGAGAGGGAGUGGGGAAGUUGGUUUCACAUACCUACUCAUACUUUGAUUUACGGCACACUUGCCAAAUGGGUUGGGCACCACUGAUUCCCAGCGUAACCUGAUGUGUUAUGUUGUAUCAAAUCAUGGUAGUGCCUCUGAAAUUCUGUCACCGUGUCUUGAAUAUCCAGUUAGGUUAUGAAUUCACCUUAAAAUACUUUGAGGGUACAGAUAAAUACUGGAAAAGCAGGGUUUGUUUUUUUCUCCCAGACUUGUUGCUAGUUAUAUCUUUUGGGGUCAAUCCAUUGUGUUACAAAACACAUUGUCAUAUCUGUCAGUUGAAGUUACACUUUUCUGUUCUUGUCUAAUGUUCUGUCGCUUACAAGUAUGUAACCGUACAUAAUUCAGUCAUGGAACUCCUGAGCCAAAUCUGUCCCCAAAGUUGUUUUUCUGUGACAGAUUCCACUCCUUUUUAUGUUUUGUUUUGUUUUGGUCCACUUUCUCUAUACUGGAAGGACUCUAUGUUGUGGGUUGUUUUUUUUAAGUAAAACAAUUACUUAGCAUUGCUUUGCUUCAGUUUGAAGUGUAACUUUCACUAAUAACUGCAAUAAAUACGCUUUUGCUCCAGAAUUCAAGUUUGUGUCCAGACUUUGGUUAUGGUGAUUGUCAGGGAUGGGAAGCAAUAAGAAAUUUUAAUGUCUAAGGCUUUACUUCCUAGUUUCAGUUUCAUCAUUUACACCUAGUUGCACCAAAUUCUGAAAAACUGCUUCGUGAAAGAAAGAAAGAAAGAAAGAAAGAAAGAAAGAAAGAAAGAAAGAAAGAAAGAUUUAUAAGCUCUUAUGAUGGCAUUACACACAGCCAUUAGCGACUGUGAAGGAAAUGCUCUCGCUGUGUUCUGUCACCUAACUGGAGGGAAGUUCCAUGCUUUCACAAGAUCUGUAUUCUUUUGGAGGAAGAAUGCUAGAAACCUGUGUUGUCAUAUUAUACAUCUUCAGUCAAGUAGUGUAAGGCCACAGAAGCAAGCACACAGAUCAGUGCACCUGCACCUUCUGCUAACGAGCCCCAUGAAAGCUUAAGGGCGCAUCUCCUGGCCAGAUUCAAAAGUGCUUCCUUUCCAGGUUUCUUGGCCUCACACCUCACAAGCCACUUCACAGCCUUCUCCUACACCGCAGGAAUGUGCAAGUUGAUUAUUCAAAUAGCAUGAAGAUACCCUGCUUUGAUCACCCAUUGAUUAGCAUGUGCUAUUAGUAGUCCAGCCACUUUGAAUCUAAAAGAAAACUGAAUUGCAGGGCAUCAGUGACCUAUAAUAAUCAUUCAAGGUAUUUUUGCUCUGCAGAACCCCAAGGUAUGUAUAAAACAAAUGACAUGUUGCAUACAAUCACGAAUGGGAGUAGGUGAGAAGACAGACUGCUUCCAGACUGUCACUAUUAUGUAGGCUAGUUACAGGUAGGUAGCCGUGUUGGUCUGAGUCGAAACAAAAUUAAAAAAUUCCUUCAGUAGCACCUUAAAGACCAACUAAGUUUUCAUUUUGGUAUGAGCUUUCGUGUGCAUGCACACUUCUUCAGAUACCAGGCUGUUUAUGUAGGCUGUUUGCAUGGUUCAACCAAUAACUGCUAUCCUUCCUCAUGGGGAACAAAGGAAGCAGGCUUCUGGUAGGUAAGACUAAUUAUUAUUAAUAGUCACCUUUUUUUUUGCAAAAAAGGAACACAAAGCAACUUACAAAAACAAAGCCUAAAGACAGAUAUAAUACAAGAAUUAAAAUAUCCUAAAAUACUCGCAACAUGCAUAUAAGGGCAAAUCCAGCUUGCCCCCACCCUGCUAAAAAUAUGCAAAUAAACUCCAAAGGCCUAGGUGGAUAACAGUGUAUUUGCUUGGUGCCAAAAGAUAGAGAUGGCACCAGGCAUGCCUCCCUGGAGAAAGCAUUCCACAACUAGGGAGCCACCACUGAGAAGACCCAUGUUUCUGUUGCCACCCUCAACCUCUCCAUUGGAGGAGCACACAGAGAAGACCCUCAGAUGAGUGGGGAGAGCAUACCAUUAGGUUCUGAGCUGCAGCUUGAAUUGGGCCAAGAAACGAAACCCAUUGGUAUCCAGUGCAGUUGGAGCAGGACUAGUCUUGGCUAGUUCAGUAUUAUCUGCUCUGACUGUCAGUGGCUCGCCAGAGGUUUGUCCCCAUUACCUGUUACUCCUUUACCUAGCAAUACUGGAGACUGAACUUAGGACCUGCAUGCAAGCAUGUCCUCUAGCAUGGAACUAUGAGUUCCUCCCCAAAUGCAGAACCACCAUUGAUACUGGAAUAUUGCACACUUUUGAAUGCCCAGCUCACACAUGAUAUAUUAGUCACAGUAGCUUGAGGUGAAAUGGGAAGUGCCGUCCAGCCCUGCUGCUACUCCCACCACCACCUACCUGCUCCUGCCGCUGUCAACACGGCCUACUCUGUCACCACAGCACAUCCUGCCACAUCCGUUACUGGCAGAGAAGCACCGUUGCUAUCAGUGCCAAUUUGACGUAAGAUCACAUCAAUUCUGGGCAAGCUCUGGUGGAGGCAGCAGGGCAGGCAGGGUGCCUACAGGGGUGUCACCGGGGGUGUGGGGGUGUUAUGCCUUCUGAAGCUGUGGUCUUGCCCUGCCUAAUGGUUGGGCCAGCUCUGAGUCGCAGUGUGAAAGGCAUGUGUGACUCUUGAGGCUCCCAGCAAUCUUGGGCUGAAGAUCUGUACCAAUACUGAAUCCUUGGGUGUAUGGGGUGUUAGGGGAGGGUGAGUAGUACUUUUGGACACAUGCUCUUUCUUUGGUAGUUAUUCACCUUUGGUCCACACCUUGCACUCAGCUCUCACCUGUGGUUCCUAGAAAUUGUUAGCAUGUGAUAGUCUAGGUGAGGGGAAACUGAUGGGGUCUAUAACCCUUGCUGAGAUAGUUUCCCUGCAUGCAAAGACAGGCUCUGGAGGAUUGAGCGGACAAGACCAAUAGUGGGUCCAAUGGUAAAGAAGGCCAUUUUUGUUUGUGCUGUAGAGGGAAGUGAGGGCCAGAUGGGGCUCGUCAACUGGGAAGGUAGCCCAUCUAGGAGAAGGAAUACUCUGAUCCUAAACCUCCACUGCCUUGCGGGAGAUCUCCAGGAGAAGAAAAGGCUAAGGAGUAAAGCCUAUACAAAUCCAGAGUGGAGUCCCCAAGACAGUUGGAUGGCACUACGUACACCUCCUUUCAGUGACUCCUGCAUCCGAGCUGGUGCCAAACAUAUUGCCCUGUUUUUGUUUCAACCACAUCAGUGAGCCCAAGAAGAGGGGUUUGUCAUCUGGGCAGCCCAGGACUCCAUAUCCACUGCUCAGGCUUGGGGAGGUCAGUUUGGUGCUGCUAAAACAGCAGUUUGACUUCACCUCUGGAGACACACACUCCAUUGUCUUUCUAGGCAGAUGGAUGCCAACAAAUGAAUCCUUGUUAAAGUUCCUCUCUGGCAACCCAUCUAGAAAAGCCUAAUUUAAUAAGAUUCUUUCUUUUGGUAGAAGAUGAUUUCACUGCUGGAAUAUAGGACUUACGAAAAAUAUAUAGGCUUUACUUAUGAAAAACUAUUCCCUCUUUACUAGCCCUGCAGAAGAAGAACACAUUUGGGGGAGGGAUGCUAUAUAGGUGUAUUCCAUUGAUCUUGAAAACACAUAUGCAAGAUUAAACCAAGACAACGGGGCAACCCACCAGAGACACUUAGGGAGGCAUUUAUUGCCCUGAGCCCCUCUCAAAUCCACUGCUCCUUGUUGUAACCUCUGAGUCGGAUGGGCAGGGUGAGAGUAACCCAGCCUGUUAUUCUGUGAUCUGAUCAGUUUCAUCAGCCCUUGAAGCCUUUUCUUUUUCAGAUCUCCAGGUUGCCAUGGCUUCCCCCGCCCCCUUUGUAAACACUUGGAGGGGGGUUCUUUCUGAUUGGCUUCUGUUGAGAAUGGCUGCCUGGCAACAGGCACAAAGCGUGCUUAGCAACCAAGCUGAUAACACAGAAGAACAGUUGUAGGAAGCGGAUGCGAGAGGAGGACUGCCUGCCUGGAGAAUAGGAGUGAAUGUUGCUGCCAUGGCUACUCUGAGUGUGAAGCCCGGCCAGAGGUACACACUUCCAGACUGGCGCACCCACUUUGACCUCAUUUCAACCAAUGCUGAGCGACAGCGCUUGGCAUCCCACCAGAUCAGGCAGGAGGGCCGGGUCCUGCGCAAUGAAACAAAUAACCAGACAAAAUGGGAUGAAUAUGACAACCGCACACGCCUUCUUGAGCGGAUCGAAGUCGUCAACCGAGCGAAGGAAACUCUGGACAAAUGCCUCACGGACAUUGACGCGGAAAUCUAUGCCUUGACUCAAAUGAAGGAGGAGGCAGAGCGUGCCCUGCAGGCUAAGAACUUGCAAUUGGAUGUGGCCAUUGAAAAUCUCACUCUGCGGGAAAGUCGCCGAGACAUCGAUGUGGUGAAGGAUCCUGUCGAGGAAGAGCUGCACAAAGAGGUGGAGGUGAUUGAUGCUACUACGAAAGAUCUUCAGCAGAAAGUGAGCGAGGCCUUUGAGCAGCUCUGCUUGUUGCAGGAAGCCCGCCAGCAGCUGAACUUUGCCCAUCGAGGGAAAACGGAAGCCGUGGAGAUUGACCGGACCUGUGUUUCCCUCAAUAUCAACUCUCCAAAUAUCUCCUAUAAAGUCAAUCCUACCCGAGUGCCGAUUGGAACUCUCACUCCAGAGGAGUGGGAUCGGAUCACAACAUACAACAAGGAUCGAGCAGAGGCAGAAAUGAAAGCAGCCUCAGAUCUACGAGAAGCCAUGGCCCUCACCAUUGCCCAGACUGAGAACGAACUAGAAGCUCAGCGCGUGGCCACAGAAUUUGCCUUCCGGAAGAGGCUUCAUGAAGUGCAGCAAGCUCUUGAUGAGCUGAGGUGGCAAGAGAAGAAUACCCUAGAAGAAAUUGCUGAAAUGGAAGAGGACAUCAGGCGCCUGGAGGAUGACAUCCGGGCAAAGGUGAUGAAUCUGAAACUGGCUCAUACUCGUCUGGAGACCCGGACUUACCGCUCCAACACGGAGCUUUGCCGUGACCAGGCUCAGUACGGACUGACAGAUGAGGUGCAUCAGCUGGAAGGCACCAUUGCUUGUCUGAAUCAGAAGCUGGCACAGUUACAGGAUGCUCUGGAUGCUCUCUACAAACACCUGGACCGUAUCCAGGCAAACAUCGUCUUCAAAUUGAACUCCCUGACACUGGAUAACAAGUGCAUGGAUAUCAGGAGGAAGCUGACGAUCCCUGCUGAAAAAUUUGUGCCUGAGGUGGACACCUUCAACCGAACCACUAAUCGCACUCUUUCACCCCUCAAGUGCCGACAGCUGGAACUGGCUUAGAAUAAUGGCAUGAGAUGUAUAAUCCCUUGAGUAAUGCUGAAGAAAGAAUUGGCUUGGGAAGUGAGUGACACAGUCCCUGCCCCCCGCCCAGUGACUUGCUUCCAUGCCAAGCGCAGAUGACAUCUGUCUCAUGUUAAGAGUGACAUGACUUUCCUUCUCCCUUUUGACCCAUUUCUGUUCUCAAAGGUUGUAUAAAACUUCCCCUUGUUUACAGCUUUGGUAUUCCAAGAAAGUGUAGUAAUAAAUAAAUCUGUCCCCAGCGACAGUA